AUCAGUACAAGAUAGAAAAUUAAAUCAAUAUGAAGUUCCUUGUAAUUCUUACAUUGUGUAUUGCUGGUGCAAUCGCUCACUGUGACAAAGCUCCGUUCAUCAAAGCAUCAUGGAAUCAAGUAAAGCACAAUGAAGUUGACAUUCUCUACACUGUCUUUAAGGCAUAUCCAGAAAUUCAAGAUCGGUUCCCUAAAUUUGCUGGAAAGGAUCUAGAAGCAAUUAAAGAAACCGCCGAGUUUGCAGUCCAUUCAACUAGAAUUGUUUCAUUUAUGUCUGAAAUUGUAAGCCUUGUUGGAAAUCCAGCAGUUCAAUCAUCUAUCGACUUACUUCUUGUGAAAAUGGCAAAUGAUCAUAAAGCUCGUGGAGUUACAAAAGAAUUAUUUGAAAAGUUCAAUAUUGCAUUUAUGGGAUACCUUAAAUCACAUACAACAUGGGAUGAGAAAACUGAAAAUGCAUGGAAAGUUGUUGGUGAUGAACAUCAUGCUAUUGUCUACUCAAUUCUUGAAUAAUAUAUUUGUGGAAGUU